CCUUUGUGGGCCUUGUGACACCGCCCCUCUGAGGGUGCAGCGAGACUAUCGGUUGGGUUUUCUGCCGGUAAACAAAUCUGAACCAUUCCACUAUACGAUGAAAAUCUUCUUUUCUCGGAGGCAUUUUUUUCCCCUUUUAGUUGCACAGUAACGCUAAUCAAGCCGUAAGAAUGACGUCGAUGUUUGGCUUGAUAGACAGGUAGCGUCAGGUCAUUUGAUUGUUGUUGGCAGUGAUCUCUCUCUCUACCUGUCAUAUUUUGGUGUCUGUUAUUUCGCCCUGAAAGGACUCGUAUUUAAUAUUAACGCAAUGCACGUCUAGUUUUUUUAUUCGUUCAAACUCAUCGGUUAGCAAAACGUAUGAAUUUGAUCUACGUGUCGAGCUCCAAAGUUGAUAAUAAUAAUUUCCGACGACUUGAACAUGGCAUCGAGCGCGGAGCAUGACCUGGCUCUGUCUGAGGCGGACAGCAGCAGGGAGAAAACUCAUGUUUUCGGGGUUUUGAGGCUGCAAGAGGACAAGACGGCCGGCGGGGAGAAGGCUAGUAGCAGCACGGUGAGGGGUGGAGGAAGUGGAGGAGGAGACGGGCGAUGGCAGGCUCCUAUCUUCGCUUUGGCUAGGAAAGCGUCCGAGACUAUUUCGGGAAGCAUUCACGUCCUGCCCAAAGUGUCGGAACACAGGACGUCUCUGCCCGGGGACUGGACCGUUCAAGCUUUGCGAGACCCCAUGGCCAUGGAGCGCACCAACCUGCUGAACAUGGCCAAACUCAGCAUCAAAGGCCUGAUCGAGUCAGCACUGAGCUUCGGACGAACUCUGGAUUCAGACUAUCCACCUCUCCAGCAGUUUUUUGUGGUCAUGGAGCACUGUCUAAAACACGGCCUCAAAGUGAAGAAGUCCUUCCUGGGUUAUAACAAGUCACUAUGGGGGCCUCUGGAGCUGGUGGAGAAACUUUGCCCUGAAGCUGCUGAGAUCUCCGCCUCAGUUAGAGAUCUACCAGGACUUAAGACUCCAUUAGGCAGAGCCAGAGCAUGGCUGCGCCUGGCUCUGAUGCAGAAACGGCUGGCCGAUUACCUGCGCUUGCUCAUCACUCGAAAAGACCUGCUGAGUGAUUUCUAUGAGACUUCAGCCCUGAUGCUUGAGGAAGAGGGAGCAGUGAUUGUGGGCUUGUUGGUGGGCCUUAAUGUUAUUGAUGCUAACCUGUGCGUCAAAGGAGAGGACCUGGACUCCCAGGUUGGGGUGAUUGACUUCUCCAUGUACCUGAAAAAUGACAUUGAUGACUACAGAAGUGAGGAGAGGAACAGCCAAAUAGCAUCCAUUUUGGAUCAGAAGAACUAUGUGGAGGAAUUAAACCGCCAGCUGAACUCCACAGUUCAUGGUCUUCAAGGUAGAGUGGAUUCUUUAGAGAAGUCCAACUCCAAACUCAUCGAGGAGUUGGCCAUAGCAAAGAAUAACAUCAUCAAACUGCAAGAGGAAAACCAGCAGCUGAGGAGUGAAAACAAUCUGAUUCUGCUCAAAGCACAACAACACUUAGAGGUAACACAAGGAGACGUGUCGUUGGAGAGGGACACGUACAAACAGUCCCGUCAGGGGUUGGAUGAGAUGUACAAUGAGGCCAGGAGACAGCUGAAGGAGGAGUGCCAGCUCAGACAGGAUGUGGAGAAUGAGUUGGUUGUCCAGGUGUCCAUGAAACAGGAAAUGGAACUGGCCAUGAAGCUUUUGGAGAAGGACAUUCAUGAAAAGCAGGACACACUGAUCGGACUGAGACAGCAGCUGGACGAAGUUAAAGCCAUCAAUGUGGAGAUGUACCAGAAGAUGCAGGUGAAGUCAUCCAGCGAGGAGAUGAAGAAGAAGAAUGACAUGAUCAGUCGCCUGGAGGAGAAAACCAACCAGAUCACUGCCACCAUGAAGCAGCUGGAGCAGAGAUUACAGGAGGCAGAGAGGCACCGCACCUCAGCCGAGGAAGGAACCCGUCGCUUCAAGCUGGACUUUGCCAACAAGGCCGACAGCCUGCAGCGGCAGAUUGAACACAAGGAGAAACUGCUCCAGCAGCUGGAGACAGACCUGAAGAUAGAAAGGGAGUGGAGACAGACGUUACAAAACGAUCUGCACAGAGAGAAAGACACGGUGGCACAGCUCGGCACGGAGGCGCUGCAGAUUAACGGACUUAAAAAGGAGUUCCAUCGUCUACAGGACGAAAACAUUCAGUUGAAAAACAUCUGUGAAGACCAAGAACAAGCUUUGGAGGAACUUGGCUCUAAACUCAGCGAAUCCAAACUGAAAAUUGAGGACAUCAAAGAAGCCAACAAAGCCCUGCAGGGGGGACAGGUUUGGUUGAAGGACAAAGAUGCCACUCACUGCAAAAUGUGUGAAAAGGAGUUCUCCAUCUCAAGACGAAAGCACCACUGCAGGAACUGUGGGGAGAUUUUCUGUAACAGCUGCUCCGACAAUGAGCUUCCUCUGCCCGCAUCUCCCAAACCUGUGAGAGUGUGUGACACCUGCCACGCUUUACUCCUCCAGCGAUGCUCCUCCAAUCCAACGUGAGGGAAAAGCACAACACUGCCAAAACUACUCAAGAGACCUACAUGCUUACUUGAAGAAGGGAUUUCUUGCUUCUCUGGAGGAGCAUUUUUUCCAGCUGACAGCAGCAGGAUUUGCUGCAGGGACUAAAUGAAAUGAUGCACAACAAUUUGUCCCAUUUGUUAGGUUUUUGUGGCUCAAAGGAAGUCCCUUCACAGAAGCUGGGCUUUCACCGGCCUUCUUUUCCAGCAAUCCGAGAGUUGACCUGCUGUAAAAUGUCCCACUUAUAAAGAAGUGAGCUAGAAUUUAUGAUUUGGAAUGUCUCAAAUAUGAAAAAAGAUUUAUUUAUGUGAUAACUGGGUAGAAAAUGAUCAGAGGAUUGUAAAGGUUGUCUGAUGGUGAACAGCAGUUUGGAGAACGUGGAGAUGGGUAAUGAAAGAAGGAACAAGGAACUUCCUAAAGAAGUGAAAAUGGAACGGCACCUGUCUGCUUCUGCCAAAUGUCUCUCAACCGUUCUUAAUGUCUCCUGAUGCAAAUGGCACAUUGUACAAAAGUAUUUCUCUUUACAAUUUUUAUAGUUUGCACUCAAAGUCUCGUUUCUAAUGUUUCUUCAGGGACUGAAACGUAUUAUUGGAUGAAGCAGUGUUUACUCAGCAAUCUUAAAAAAGGAAAUCCAGAUUAUCCAGAAACUCUAGUGAAAGAUUUAGUUUAUAUUUCUAUUUAGGUCCAAGAAAACCAGAACUGUUUCACGAUAACACUUAGUCUCAAUUUCUUGCACAGUUGUUGAUACGAUUUAUAUAUUUUCUAAAUAUAUUUCGCUGUAAAGACUGAUGUGUUGGGAAUUUUACAAAUCCCAGUGUACCUUCAACACUGGAGAAUCUGUAACAAGUUACCAUGACAACGAUGAUGCAGAAUCUACCCCCUUUUAUUUUUUCAAACAGUGCCAUGUAAUAGUGUAAAUACGAUAUUACUUUUGUUUUUUACUGCCAUAAUGAACACUAGUAACAGAAAUAUCUUUUGGAAAUAAUUGCCCAUAAAAUUUUGAAAUAGAAACACAAUCCAGUUCCUGUGGAUUCAAGAUCUUCGUCUGCGUUCUAUUCAUCAUUGCACUAAUUAUUGCCAAACAAAAAGAAGGUUUAGCGGUCCUGUUUAAAUUUCACAUAAGUCCUUUAAAGCAGUUUUCUAAACUUUAUAUUGUUUUUUUUGCAGAUUAAAAUCACAAUUGUGAAAAUCAUUUCUUUUCCUGCUGGUCCAAUGCUAAGAGCAAUGUAAAUGAAUAGAAAUUUUCUAUUUUUUUUUCUUUAAAGUUUUUUUUUCUUGCCAAAAGUUUGAAUGAAGGGUUUGGGUGAACACUGUUUACAACCCAACUCUCAAAACUAAAAUUAUUCCUUAUGUUGUUUUUUGUGUUAAUUACAUAAAAAUAAUGACAAGGGAAAUACUUCUUUUGCUUGUGUAACGUUGAUCUUGUACAUGUAUAGCUCCUAAAUUAGUUAAUUUAACUUCUAAACUUGUUCAGACAA